AUGUGCCAGAUCAAGCUCCCUGUCUGUCCCUACCCCGCCCACGAUCCGGUCUCCUCCCUUCUCUUCAACCCGAAGAACGCACCCUGGUGGGAAGUCUGCGACAAACCACGGCCCUGGGGUCGCCUCUCCUGCGGCGGGCUUGAGGUCUACCAUCCCGAACACCUGACUCAGUCCGAAAACAACCCGACCGUCGAUCUGGACACCGCCGAGCAACACGAAAAGCCAAACCAAGAGCCCGCCGGUCACGAAUCCACCCUACAGAACCUCAUCAAACCUGGAGAUGCCCACCAAGAACGAUUUCAGCAAAAGCCCUGCUGCAAAUGGUGCACAGCGGUUCUCAGACUGGCAGCAACAAAGUCGAAGGAGAUGCAGAAGCUGGCACGGGAGGAGAUGGCAGAGGUCGAGAAGAAGAUGGGUGACGACGCUGAAUUGAGGAAGAUGCGUGAGGAGAUUGCCAGCAGGGAGCAAGAAUUGGAUCGAAUGAGACACCGUGCUUGGAGAAAGUGCACCGUGCUAAUGGGUGGAUUGGUUGAGAAGUCGGGAGAAGACGAGACGCAAAGCUCAGUCUGA